GGGGAUGACGUUGGGCCGCUUUUAAAGCCGGCCGUCAUCUCUCCCCUCGCCGGAUUUACGGUAGUACAAGCCCGAUAUGAUGACUUACGCAUCUCCGCUCGCCAAUAACUUCCACAGCAUUUACGAAAUGGCCUGUUGGAUUUUUUGGAUGCAAGCAGCGCGACGGAACAAACUGAACCGUCAUGCCGUCGGUCCCAACUUCUUGCACUUCAUGAUCUCCCACGACGAUCCCACGCAUCUCACUUUCACACUUCUUGGCAACGCGCUUGUGUACAAGACAUCUACGAAAGGAACCACAACAUCGAUUACUCGCAAAGUCGAUGGCAAAUCCACGGGAUUGGCCAAGAUCUACUGGAGUGAGGUUGAGGGGGGAGAAACCAUGAUUCAGUUCGGAGGGCACCCCGCUAUCAGGGUAGAACAGUUUUUGCCGCCGGUUCAGGACAUCGGGCUGGAACAUCAGUUCACGGUGAACGGGAGAGAUUUCCAUUGCGCUUUCACCUCUGAUCGGUUCGUUCUGACUGAUUCGAACGACGCUCUGCUCGGUCAUGACACCCGUACUCCUCAUGGACCAACCCAUCGCCUAACUCCUGAUUGUUUCGAAGUUUCCAUUGAUCUCUUCGAUGCCAUGGACUUCGUGUUCGUGGCCUACAUAUGUAUGGAAUGCGCCAGGCGGGACGGCAGGGCAAGUAUCCUGCCAAGGCCAUAUUCUCAAGAAUGGCAGACACUGCAAAGAAGCAUGCCGACUGUUCAUAGUCAAUGAACGGUG